CUGCGGUGUUGCUGCCUCCUGCAGGUCGAGAGGUCGUUUGGUGCUCUUUGGCGGGGCCUUUGAAGCUUUCACAUGACCACCACCAUUCACUGCUAAACCCUGCAUAACGACCUUGAGCAUAAGAGGCCUAGGACAACUGUGUGAGACCGCUCUUCCAGAACCCCAGAAGCCUUUAAAUCAAUCGUGGCCACGGAAACAAAACAAACUAUGGCAAACCAGCCUCAGACACGCUUAGCAGCAGCGACACCCACAUCGGGCAGUCAGACUAUCACCUCUACCUCGUCAUCACAGCCCUCAGCCACACUACGACUGCGAGGCGCGUCCCCGGCAUUAACACCCCGAGUACAAUGGGCAGAAGACGUGGUCGACAACGAAGGGAUGGGGAAGAAGAGCUCCAAAGUCUGUUGCAUCUACCACAAACCUCAUGAACCCGGCGACAGUGAUAGCGAGUCUUCUAGCUCGUCAGAUUCCGAUGCUGACUCCGAGCCGGACCUGAGUCGCGCGCAUAAAGCUGGUGAGGGCAAGGGAAAAGGCAAGAGAGGAAGGAAACAUGACUGUGGCGACGGUCGAGAUGGUGGGGGCAGUGGUAAGGACCGGAAGCCAAGUCCCAAUGCUUAUGAGAGGCAACCGAAGUACAAGGGAAAGGGAAAGGCGACGGCGAAGACAAUGAGUGAGGGAUGAAUAUGGGUCGUGAUUUUGGGAGGCUUUCCUAUCGAAUCGAGGGAUUUCAAUGACAGAGAUGAUGCCUACGAUCGGUGGCUACCGGACGGGCUGCACCACAUAAGGUAUGCAUGAAGGCAUAUCUAUAAUGUACAGCCGCGCGCUCUCUGGACCACCUACAUCGCGUCUUCUCUGGUUCCUAUUAGGACGAUCCAUGGAACCCAAGUGUUAUGAGGCACAGCAGUAUCCUUACAUGCCAGCUGCCGAGCAUAGGGCAAUAGCACUCUGCGGGAGUCAAAAUCCUGCUCUUACUUCGCGCGCGGUGCAAUUAGCUUGCCAACUUAGACCAGUAUGGGGCGAGUCGGAGGAUCUUGGGAUUUUUGAGUUGUCUCAUUCUCAGCUCACGACACAACUGCUCAGUCUCCCGCCUGGCUCUCUUGGAGCGCCUUCUUCGCGUCCUCGGCCUGCUCAAUCGGAAUGCGAACAAGGGUCUGCGGUAGCUGUGGCUUCGUUUCGUUCUCCGUUUCCUCGGCCUCGGUUUCUUUUGGCUUCGGUAUAGCAGCUGCACAAAUAUUAGCUUCUUAUCACGGCGCUGUUUGUCGCAGUGAGGGGCUCAUACCACUAGCCAUAUGUAUUGCUCUCAGCACAGUGUUCCAGUUGGCCAUGACUGCAGCCACGGCCUCAGUGCCAUUACUCAAUGUUCCCAACUUCUCUUCCAGCUGCUGCAUCUGUCCUGCCAGACCCGCCGACAGGUCGCGUAACUGCUUUAGACUUUCUAGUUCCAGCUUCUUCUCCUUGAUGCGCGAUUGCAGGACCGAGGAUUGUGAGUUCGUAGACGCAUGUCCACCCAGCCCCGAGGACGGCCGCAUCAUGCCUGAUGUUGGUCGAGGAGCAUAGGACAUGUUUGUGGUUGUUCAGGAACGUAGUAGGUACAUGUACCUAGUAGUGUUUCAUGCCAUGUGAAAGACUAUCAUCAUCACGGCGACCCCGCGACCGACGCGUUGCGAAAGGCGCGAAAUUAAGCGAAAGUUAGCGUUGGCCCGAGCAACAAGCAGAACGACGAGCGCGUAAACAACGAACAUUUCAG